CUGAAGCGCAGUCGUACAAUGGCAACCCCUGAAGAUAUCAAGGUUAAGGAGCUUGACAAGACGGCCUCAGGCCAAGCCUUUGAGGUCAUCCUUGCUUCUCCUGCUCCUGAUGCCAACCUCCCCCUGUCUCCCCCCAAAUCAAAGGAGAUGUCUCUGGAGGAAAUUCAGAAGAAGCCGGAUGCUGCAGCCGAGGUUCUGAAGAACCUAGCUGAGAAGCGUGAGCAUGAAAGGGAGGUGCUACAGAAAGCCAUGGAGGAGAACAACAACUUCAGCAAGAUGGCAGAGGAGAAACUCAAUCAGAAGAUGGAGGCCAACAAAGAAAACCGCACGGCAUUGAUGGCAGCCAUGAACGAGAAGUUCAAGGAGAAGGACAAGAAGUUGGAAGAGGUACGAAAGAACAAGGAGACCAAAGAGGGCACUUCGGAAGACUGAAAGUCACCAUCGGGGGAUUGUAC